AAAAACACAAUUAAGAUGCAUUGUUCCAAAAAUGCAUUGAACAAUGAAGAUAAAAAAGCCAUCCUUCAGAAACACGGCUUGGAUAGAGAGUUGUUGACCCCUGCAUUACUGGAAGACACAUUGGGUAUGUUUCCUCUGUUGUGUAAACUAUAUUCAAAAGAGGAGAAAUUUAGAAAAAAUGUUGAAAGGUUCUUUACCCGUCCAGCUGAAUGUAUUUUAGAAGAAUGUGAUAAAAUGCAAGUGCAAAAUAGUUUAUGCUAUUAUACAUUGGUCUUGUGCAUGUUAAAUGACAAUAAACUAUCAAAAGAAAUAUUGAAAAACACUGGAAACGCAGUUUUCUGGGAGAUGAAAUCAAAAGUAUUAGAAUGUUGUGAAGUUGAAAGUAACACUGAUGCAUUUAAAUUUGUAAAAGCAUUGGCAGCUAUGGAGGGGACUUACACAAAACUUUGUGGUACUGAGUACACCAUUAUUCAUGACUCUGUAUUUGAAAUCCUUUCAUAUCAUUUUGGUUCUCAGUUUCCAGAUCUUCUUUUGCAAUAUAUUAGCAGUGGUUACAUUGCUAAUAACGUGAAAGUACAAGAAGAUAAAGGAGAGUCGGAGGUUGAAUGUAAACAAGUUGAAAAUGAAGAGUUUAAUGGUCAGGAGAAUAAAACAUUAAGUAGUGAAAGAAGCCAGGAUUUGUUUGAUCUCUGUCUUAGGUUAAGAGAGGAUAAGUAUCCAAUGUUAGCAGAGCGUUUGUACAGAGACAUAGAAAAUAUGGAGCUGUACGAUGUUUUUAUGAAUAAUAUUUUGAAACAUCCUAAGGUGUGUCAGGCUUUUAUUGAGCUGUUAGAGACCAAGUCUUACACUGAGUUAAAGGCUUUAUUCCUGUCAGAACAGAAAGAUGUAUCUAAGGUUGUGAGUAAAAGAGAGCGUGUGAGUGAGAAGAUUGAGAAGAGGAAUGAGAGGAGCAGGGAAUGGCGCAGACAGAGGGUGUUAGUGAAUGAGAAAUAUGAUGAGAAUGGUGAUGAUAGAGAAACAACAUACAGUGUGAGGGUUAUCAGUUGGGUGGUUUACUACGGACACAAUCAGAUCCUACAAUAUAUUUUAAAACAGACUGAAUUACACAAAGAAACAAAGAUUGAACUAUUUUGGAAUUCCUUUAGCCCCAGGUUAAUAUAUAAAGCUAAUAAAAGAGAAAAUAAUGUUGAAAAAAAUAAUGCAACAGUCAAAUUAUUUUUAUUAAACUCCAUUUAUGAUACAACAAAUCAAAAACAGGAAAAUAGUCGGUCUGUUUUUGAACAUGACCGCUUAUUUGUAUUGAGUUGUUACAGUGGUGAUUUGCAGACUGUAAAAAUUUUAAUCAAGUAUGUCGAUAUAAAAAUGACAAGUAAAACAACCCAAUAUUUGUUGAAUGAUACACCACUGACAGCAGCAUGUUGGGGUGGACAUAUGAGUGUAGUGAAGGAAGCUAUAGAAGCUGGGGCUGAUAUCAAUCAACAAGGUAAGUAUCAUACACCACUGACAGCAGCAUGUGAGGGUGGAUAUUUAAUUGUAGUGAAGGAGCUACUAGAAGCAGGAGCUGAUAUCAAUCCACAAUGUGACCAUGAAACACCACUGACAGCAGCAUGUGAGGGUGGAUAUAUGAGUGUAGUGAAGGAGCUUAUAGAAGCCGGAGCUGAUAUCAAUCCACAAGGUAAGUAUCGUACACCACUGACAGCAGCAUGUAAGGGUGGAUAUAUGAGUGUAGUGAAGAAGCUUAUAGAAGCCGGAGCUGAUAUCAAUCAGCAAGGUUUGUUUUAUACACCACUGACAGCAGCAUGUGAGGGGGGAUAUACGAGUGUAGUGAAGGAACUAAUAGAAGCCGGAGCUUAUAUCAAUCAGCAAGGUAAGUAUGAAACACCACUGACAGCAGCAUGUGAGGGUGGACAUAUGAGUGUAGUGAAGGAGCUUAUAGAAGCCGGAGCUGAUAUCAAUCACCAAGGUGAGGAUGAUACACCACUGACAGCAGCAUGUAAGGGUGGACAUAUGAGUGUAGUGAAAGAGCUUAUAGAAGCUGGAGCUGGUAUCAAUUUACAAGGUGAGUAUGAUACACCACUGACUGCAGCAUGUAAGGGUGGACAUAUGAAUUUAGUGAAGGAGCUUAUGGUAGCCGGAGCUGAUAUCAAUCAACAAGGUGAGUAUGAUACACCACUGACAGCAGCAUAUAGGGGUGGACAUAUGAGUGUAGUGAAGGGGCUUAUAGAAGCCGGAGCUGAUAACAAUCCACAAGGUAAGAAUCAUACACCACUGACAGCAGCAUGUUUUGGUGGACAUAUGAGUGUAGUGAAGGAGCUUAUAGAAGCUGGAGCUGAUAUCAAUCAACAAGGUAAGUAUGUUACACCACUGAUAGCAGCAUGUUAUGGUGGACAUAUGAGUGCAGUGAAGGAGCUUAUAGAAGCCGGAGCGGAUAUCAAUCUACAAGGUGAGUAUGAUACACCACUGACAGCAGCAUGUGAGGGUGGACAUAUGAGAGUAGUGAAGAAGCUUAUAAAAGCUGGGGCUGAUAUCAAUCAAAAAGGUGAGAAUAAUAUACCACUGACAGCAGCACGUGAGAGGGGACAUAUGAGUGUAGUAAAGAUGUUACUAGAAGCGGGAGCAGAUAACAUUCUACAAGAUAAGGCAGAAACACCAUUGACAACAGCAUAUUAAUGUGGACAUACGAGUAUAGUGAAAGAGCUGCUAGAAGCCGGAGCUGAUAUCUAUCAGAAAAGAGUAUAAUACAUCACUUGAUAGCAGCAUGUAAGGGUGGACAUAUCAGUGAAGUGAAGGAGCUUACAGGAGCUGAUAUCGAUCAAAAGAGUGACAUUAAUACUCCACAGACAGUAGCGUAUAAUGGAUGAUAUAUUUGUGUAGGACGAGUGUAGUGAAGGAGCUUCCGGGGAUAGGAGCUGUUCUCAAUGAACUUAAUAGGUAUCAUGUUUCAUUGACAGCAUUAUGUCGGGUGGAGAUAUGAGUAGCUGCUAUAGGAGCAGACUGAUAUCAAACAGUAAGGUUUGUCAGAUACUUACUCCACUGGUAACAGCGGAUGAGGGUGAGAUGUUAUGAAGAUUUACUAGAGUUUUAAUAUUUGAAAGAACUGCUACAGACUGGGGCUAAUUAACAUUCACAAGAGUUCCUUAAUGCAUUCUGCUAGAACUCAUGUAUGCUAAUUAUAUAUACUGUGGAAAUCGUUUUUAAUAAAAUUGAGACUGUUAUUUUUGCAAAAUCAAUUGAUGAUUUAAAAUUUGCAUUUUAUCUGUAACAUUUUUUGUUUAGAAUGAUUGAUGGACAAAGUUUUUUGGUGGGUGAUUUUAUAGAGAUGAUAUUAUUCCCCUGGAUGUGUGGGUUGAUGUUAUUGUCAGGGUAAGCGAGUACGAUUUUGUGCUAUUCUAACAUGGUCUGUCUGUUAAAGAUUAAACAAGACGAAUGUUCAGUAAGUUAAGGAUAAGCGACACUUAUUAGCUCACCUGAGCCGAAGGCUCAAGUGAGCUUUUCUGAUCACAUUUUGUCCGUCGUCCGUCCGUCUGUCUGUCCGUCUGUCUGUCCGUCUGUAAACUUUUCACAUUUUCUACUUCUUCUGAAGAACCAUUGGGCCAAUUUUGACCAAACUAGAUACAAAGCAUCCUUGGGUAAAGGGAAAUUUAAAUUGUAAAAAUAAAGGGCCAAGUCCCCUUACAAGGGGAGAUAAUCAAGAAAAGACAAAAAUAGGGUUGGGUCAUUAAAAAAUCUUCUUCUCAAGAACCACUAGGCCAGAAAAGCUGAAACUUAUGUGGAAGCAUCCUGGUAUAGUGUAGAUUCUAAAUUGUUCAAAUCAUGAUCCCCGGGGGAAGGGCGUGGCCACAAUUGGGAAUCAAAGUUUUUCAUAGAAAUAUAUAGGAAAAAUCUUUGAAAAUCUUCUUCUCAAGAACCAUUGGUCCAGAAAAGCUGAAACUCAUGUGGAAGCAUCCUGGGAUAGUGUAGAUUCUAAAUUGUUCAAAUCAUGACUCCCGGGGGUAGGGCGGGGCCACAACGGGGAAUCAAAGUUUUACAUAGAAAUAUAUAGGAAAAAUCUUUGAAAAUCUUCUUCUCAAGAACCACUGGGCCAGAAAAGCUGAAACUUAUGUUGAAGCAUCCUGGUAUAGUGUAGAUUCUAAAUUGUUCAAAUCAUGACCCCUGGGGAAGGGCGGGGCCACAAUUGGGAAUCAAAGUUUUACAUAGAAAUAUAUAGGAAAAAUCUUUGAAAAUCAUCUUCUCAAGAACCACUUGGUCAGAAAAGCUGAAACUUAUGUGGAAGCAUCCUUGGGUAGUGUAGAUUCUAAAUUGUUCAAAUCAUG